AUGGACAACUUUAAUGAUGACUUAUACCCAUUAGCUUUGUUAAUGGAUGAGUUGAAACACGACGAUGUUUCUAAUAGAGUAGACGCUAUGCAAAAAUUAGACACCAUUGCCAUUGCUUUGGGUCCAGAACGAACAAGGAAAGAAUUAUUACCAUUCCUUAACGACGUUGCUCAAGACGACGAAGAAGAGGUUUUCACUGUAUUGGCUAGCAAAUUGGGUGAUUUCAUUCCAUUAAUUGGAGGACACGAAUAUAACGAACCAUUGAUUUCUAUCUUGACUAUAUUGGCAUCCAUGGAAGAACCUUUGGUUAGAGAUAGAGCCAUUGAAUCAUUAAAUAAAAUCAGUUUGGAAUUAACAAAUGAGGAAAUCAACGGGAUUUUCUUAAACUUGAUCCAAAACUUGAGUCAAGGUAAUUGGUUCCUGAAAAAAAUUGCCGCAUGUGGCUUAUAUAAAGCAGUCAUUAUCAAAGUUGAUGCUGCUACUAGACAAAACUUGUUAAAAUUAUAUUUAAAAUUGGUCACUGAUGAUUAUCCAAUGGUAAGAAGAGCUAGUGCUACUAACUUGCCUCAUUUGAUUGAUUUGUUAACUGAAUUCACUGAAAAGAGUCCAAAUGAUGCUAAUAAAAUCACCAAUGAAGAUUGGGAAAUUAUUUCCAAAAUGUUUCAACAUUUGAUUACCGAUGAUCAAGAUUCUGUUAAGUUCUUGAGUGUUGAUGUCUUGAUUUCCAUUUUGGAAUUUUUCCAAAAAAUUAAUGAAUACAGUUUUAACUCUGAUUUCUUAUCCAGUGCAUUGAAAUUAAUUAAGGAUGAAAGUUGGAGAGUUAGAUAUACUGCUGCCGAUAGAUAUAGUAAGAUUGCCCGUAAUUUUACACACAAUGAACUGGAUUUGUUUCAAUUGAUUGAUCCAUUUAUUGCUUUGAUGAAGGAUCAUGAAGGUGAAGUCAGAAAAGCUGUUGCCAAACAAUUACCAGUCUUUUGUCAAUUGUUGACUAAAUUCCCACUGACAAAAUCCACUAUUUUAAACAAGAUUGUACCAAUUGUUAAUGAAUUGAGUCAGGAUCCUCAAGAAAAUGUCAGAGCUUCUUUGGCAUCUACUAUCACUGAACUUUCCCCAAUAUUGGAAAAACAAGCCACCAUCGACAAAUUGUUGCCUGUUUUCUUGAUUAUGUUGAAAGAUGAAUUCCCAGAUGUAAGAUUAAAUAUCAUUUCUAACUUGUCUGUUGUUAAUGAGACUAUUGGUAUUAACUUGUUGUCUACAAAUUUAUUACCAGCAAUCACCGAAUUGGCACAAGAUGGUAAAUGGAGAGUCAGAUUAGCCAUAAUUGAAUAUAUUCCUAAAUUAGCUAACCAAUUGGGUGAAUCAUUUUUCAACGAAGAACUAUUAUCAUUAUGUAUGUCAUGGUUAUGGGAUCCAGUUUUUGCUAUUAGAGAAGCUGCUGUUAAUAACUUGAAAGAAUUGACCAUUAUAUUUGGAUCUGAUUGGGCCCAAAGAGAAAUUCUUGAUCGAUUGUUAAAUCAAAGUGAUAGAAUUGAUGAAGAAGAUAAGAUUGAUUAUUCUAAUUUCAUAAUUAGAAUCACCUGUUUAUUUGCUAUUACAAGUUUAAUUCCAGUUAUUGAUUACAAAGUAUUGGUUGAUAAAGUUUUGCCAUUCAUUAAUAGUUUAAUCACUGACUCAGUACCAAAUAUCAGAUUCAAUGUGGCCAAAUCUUAUUUGACAUUAGUUGAAGCUUUAACUAGUAAGAAGGUUGACUUGCCAAUAAAAGAAGAAGAAUUGAAGAAAUUAAUAAAUUUAGAAAUUUUAUCGAAUUUAGAAAAAUUGGAAAAUGAUGAUGAUGUUGAUGUUAGAUUCUAUUCAACAAAGAGUAUUAAAUGUAUCAAUGAGAUUUUGGCUUAA